UCCACGGCCUAUAGGUGAUUCCCCCUUGUAGCACAUUACGUCAGACGUAAAUAUUUUGGUUCAUUCACUCAAACGAGAGCCGUUAGUACGAAAUCAUCGAUCGAUACUACAUUACGAAGAUCCUUGAAGAUCUCUGAAGGGAAAACAAUGUGACCCCGUCGAGAAUAUCUAGUAUUUUGUUUUAUGAGGAUUCCAAUGUCAAACAGCACUUUACAGCAAGAAAAUCAUCGAUCAAAGUGGAAAAAUCGAUCGGCCUUGGAAGCCAUACUUAACAGAAUGCGUAGUCUAAAUUCAAAACGAAACUUGGGUUUCUAAAGAUCGUACCUACGCACUAGGACGUACUCCCGUUGUCGGGAUCAAAAAUGCCGUGUUCACAAACUCGAGAACUGCAAUCUAAAGUCAAAUGCGAAAAAGAUGAAGUGGUUUUGGCGAAGGCUGAGACACUCGGCCARGAAGGGAAUCCCUCAAAACACAACAACGUGAAGACUUCCAACAACGACGAACCAUUAGAAGAACAGCGAAAGAAACGAGACCACGAAUUAAAAGAAAAUAAACCACUUCAUACAGAGGAAGAUAAAAAUGUUUACAACACAGUUGUACAGCGAAGGAAUUCGGAUGGGAAAAUAGAAAAUAUACCGAAUUAUGUCGACAAAGAUGUAAACAACUUGAAUGACGACGUUGUACGACAGAAGCCCAACGGAUUGGAUGAAAAAACACUGACCCGAAUUGACCAGAACAACACGAAUGAUUCGGAUAAGAAAAUAUUGUUUAUCUUGGUCGAAUCUGAAAUAACUCAAGUUGGAAAUAAUAAUCACAUGAUGAUCGAAGAUGAGCGAAAAAAUUCCGAAGAGUCAAGCAGUGAUUUGCAUAUGUCAUGCAUUGUCAAAAAGCACAGAGGGAGGGGACGGAAAGUAAAUCGUCGACCAAGAUCACGAAGCAACAGCAGCACCAUGAAUAAGGUGUACAUCGCGGAAGCAGUCCUUAAAAACAUUCCUCCAGCAAGCCCUUCAGAUUCAUACAUUCAGCUCUGCAGAAUAUCAGAUGAAGUUAUGCUACAACUUCAGGUUGUGCGUGACAAUGGUAAAUGGGAAUUAUUUGAUGACAUAGUCGUCACGCUGUCACGCAAGUACCAAAGUAAGGAAGCUGAAAUUGUCAUCCUUCUAGAAAAAAGCAUGGCUGCUUGUUAUCAAAGUCGUCUAGAGGAAUCCACAGAGAUGAUUUUAAAGGCGAUUGAUAUGGCAAAAGAAACAGAAAAUUCCUCCGUAUUAACAGGAAGGGGAUUUCACUACCUUUCUGGCGUGUAUCGUCGACAAAACCUGAUGGGCAAAGCAAACGAUUGCGUCAUUAAGUCUGAACAGAAUUUUCACAACAAACACUUGACAUUGGACAGUACGUUUCUGGCGUACGAGCGAGCAAGUGUUUUAAUGGAUUUUAUCUCCAAGUGCCCUAAUCCACCAGCCAGCAUGAUAAACGAUGCUAAAGCUGGCUUGAUCAAAUGUAUUGAUGGAUGUACCGCACUAGAAGAAGACACUGAAUGCCUGCGAUACGUGAAGAAACAUCACUUUGCGUUCAUCAAGAGGGCGAUGCUUCUCUUGGAUUGUCGAACAGCGUCAGGUCGUAAAAGAACAGUCAGUCAGGAAAGUAUCAAAGAGGCAGAAAAAAGCUUGAAGACCCUGAGGACACGAUACUGGGAUGGAAUCGCUCAGGGAGAGAAAGUACAGUACUUUCUUGGCUUAGCAGAUUUGUAUUUUCGUCUGGAGGACUUCCCCAAGGCUGAAGAAACCGCCAACGAAGUACUUAGCAUGGCCAAGACGUUUGGUUUCAACACGGAAAUCAAACCCGCCCAAGAUAGACUAGAAGAGAUCGCAAGAAAACAGCAAGUGAAGAAAGAACCUUGUUGCUAUGGUAACAGUGGCUACACCUACACGUCAUCAGAUAUCAGUGAAGGUCAGAACGGUGACGUCAGCUCAAGUGAGUCCGAUUUCAUGGAAACACCCUCCUAUUACUGAAUGAAACAGUACAAACACGAUCAAGGAUCGAGUCUUGUUGCCAUGGUCACAAUGACACGAUCGAUGAAUAUUGCAAGAUAUAAAUACAUCACUUUCCAUGGAAACGAUACGAUUGUAUUUAGUGAAUGCCGGAAAACGGCACAUAGCUUUUUUGGGCAUUUAAUAAACUCAGGCGGUAGUAAAAUAUAUUUUCAGCCAUUAAAGAUCAUUAAUAAUAAAUAUAAAGUUAAAUAAUUUGUAGGAAAAAAGUGAUCAGCAAUGAGAAUAAUGAGUCUAGAUAACUGAAAUGAGCCAAAUUAUGCUUUCUUUCACAUUACAUUUUAUUUAUUUAUUUAUUUCGUGUUUUUUGUUAAUAUAUAUUACGUUUAUAUCUUCAUUUUUAAUGUCAGAGUUUUUGUUUUCAAAUUAAUGUGUGACUUUAAUAUCAAUACUAUUUUUAGAUGUUUCGUGACGUCAUU